GUUCAAUUACCAUGGAGAGCCUAAUAAUUCAAAUAUCCCGUCUCUUUCCAGUUACGUUCAGACAAAAGUCUCAUAGCGUUGUAAUAUAAUGCCGACCGACCGAACUAUCAUGCGCCGCCACCGCAGCUUUUCACUUUCCAGCCUUGCUGAAGUUCCUGAAUUGGACGAAUAAUUCCUUAUUCCCCCUCAACCCAUCAUCAUCAUUUCCUUUAUUUCACGAAAUUCCCCUCCCGAUUCCCAAAUCUCCUCCUCUUUAACUUCAAUCGCAAUCCGCAUGUGUAAAUCCAAAAUGGCCACCAACGCCGCCCAGCCCGCGCCAGCCCCUCGGCCCCACCGGACCCCCCACCCCUCCUCCGACCACUCCUCCCGUGCCCACCUCUCCCACGCCAGCUCCGAGUGGUCCCGAACCCCCCAAAGACCAGCCUCCAAGCCUUCCUCCUCCGAGGCCUCCACUUCCAACACCUCCAGCGCCGCUUACACCUCCGGCUCCAGCUACAAGCUCUCCUCUGAUGAUUCCAUCGCCAACAGAACACCUCUCUCCAGCCUCCACGAGAGUCUCCCUGAAAAACCCCACAUCUACGAUUUCAAGGAGAUCUGCUCCGCCACCAACAAUUUCCUCGCCAAGCGCUACUCUUCCUCCUCUUCGACUCCGUCUUGGAGGUGCGUUCUUCGUGGUAAGGAGGUGAUCGUGUUUCAAAGGAAGUUUCGGAGAGAGAUGGGGACUUCCGAGCUCAAAGAACGCCUCUCGGUUAUCUGCCGGAGCCACCACACUAGCAUAGUCAAGCUCCUCGGAGCAUCUGUCUCCGGCGACCAUAUCUAUUUGGUGUUCGAGUUCCUGAUCGGAGCGAAUCUUGCCGAUUGCUUGAGAAACCCUAGAAAUCCGACCUUCACUGUCCUUUCGACAUGGAUGUCGAGAAUGCAGAUCGCGACGGACCUCGCGCACGGUCUCGAUUACAUCCACAACAAAACGGGGCUGAGCAUCAGCCUCGUGCACAAUCACAUCAAGAGCAGCAGUGUCCUCGUGACGGAGCCUUCUUUCAACGCCAAAAUCUGUCAUUUCGGCACCGCCCAAUUGUGCGGCGAGAUCGACGAUCGGAUGCCGCCACCGAUCUCAAAAGGCGAAAUCGCAGAGGUCUCCGACGACGACGAGGGUUCAGAUCCCGGUUUGAAAAAACCGAAGGAUUUGGAGCGCUCUGGCAGCGGGAGAAUGCAAUUCGCGGGAGUGAUGGGGUACAUGUCGCCGGAGUUCCAGUCGAGCGGGGUGGCGACGCAGGAAUCCGAUGUGUUCGCGUUCGGCGUGGUGAUAUUGGAGCUCCUCUCCAGCGACGAGCCUAUGAAGUACAAGUUCGACAGGAGCAAGCGGGAGUUCGUGAAGACGUCGCUGAUCGAAUCGGCGAAUGCGGCGGUGGACGACGGCGGUGGGCGGCUGAGGCAGUGGAUGGAUAGGAGGCUGAAAGACUCGUUCCCCGUCGACGCGGCGGAGAAAUUGACUCGUGUAGCAUUGGAAUGCGUCCACGUGGACCCGGACAAGCGGCCCAACAUGGGCCGCGUCGCAGGGAAGAUUUCGAAGCUGUAUUUGGAGUCAAAGACUUGGUCCGACAAUCUCACCCUUCCGACAGAUUUUUCAGUGUCGUUGGCUCCUCGUUGAAGAACAAUUAAGGAAAUUGUUUUUAAUUUACAUUUACACAUUUCGAAAUUGAAUAUUUGUUUCCGGAAAAGACCGGCGGGAGUGAUUGACAUAAAUAGAUACUGAUUUUUUUAACUAAUGGAUCGACAUGGAAUCAGAAUAUCUUAUGUCUGCGGGGAAUUUUUUUUUUUUUAAUUAUCCAAUUAUUCAUUUUGUAUAAUGUAAUAUUUUUGUCGUUUGAUAAGGACACAACUAGAGGUGGCUAUAGAUUUUUGUCCGUAUUUAGUUGGAUCGUUAGAGAAGAAACAAAC